UUUACAGCUAACUAAUGCUAGUUUGCUGUUGUCAAGUGUCUCCGCUCAUGUCUGUUAGCAGUAGCAUGCUAGCCGCUCAAACCGAUAGCAUAAAGAUAACCGAAACUUCUGGCAGUAUGUGGCUAGCUUGGCAGCUUUUUUAAGGGCAAUAUACUUAUUGUUAGUUACCAGCACGUUGUAAUUGCAGUCAUGUUGCUAACUGUCUUAAGAUUUAGCUCAGCAUGACAGGCGUUUUUUUGUUUUAUUGUUUCUAAUUUUAUUAAAGCUGUAAUGUUCGCACGAGCAUUCUACAAAUUAAGAUACGAGGAGAAUAUGGACGCCUCUGAUGCCCAUGUCAGUAAGCCUUCUUCUAAAAAGAAUAGAGGAACCUCGCUGUUGGACAGCGGGGAGGACUUUGAGGUUUUAGAUGAAGAGGACAUUGACGACGACCCCCCUCCGUUGGAAGACGCAGGUGGUGGGAAAGGGAAAAACAGAAACGAGGCUGAAAAGAAAAGUUCAGAUACAGAUUCAGACCUUUCAUGUCAAGUUGACGAAUGGCUGGAUGUUUUAGGUAAUGAUCAGUUAAAGAAAAAAGUUGUGAAGGCAGGGAAAGGGCGAGACACUCGGCCACAGAAAGGACAGAAUGUCAAGAUUCACCUGAAAACAUACCUGAAGGAUGGGACACUUGUAGAGGAGCAGUCUGACUUGUCUUUCACUCUGGGAGAUGGGGAUGUUAUUCAGGCUCUGGAUCUCACAGUGCAGCUCAUGGAAAUGGAAGAAAAGGUUCUUAUCCAGACUGAUGCAAAGUAUGCGUUUGGAGCUCGGGGGAGUCUUGAACCUGUGGUUCCCCCUAAUGCUCCGCUGUCCUUAGAAGUGGAAUUGCUGGAAGCUACUGAUGCUCCAGACCUGGAGCUACUGUCCCCUGCAGAAAAGAUUGCUCUGGCCAGCCAUAAGAGAGAGAGGGGCAAUGUCCAUUAUCAGCGUGGGGACUACACCUUUGCUGUAAACUCAUAUAGCAUUGCCCUGCAGAUAACAGAGUCAAGUUCUAAAGUUGACAUCAGUGCAGAGGAGGAGAACGAGCUGAUGGAUGUGAAAGUGAAAUGUUUAAACAACAUGGCUGCUUCUCAGCUGAAACUGGACCAUUAUGAUGCAGCACUUAAAUCUUGUGUCUUGGCACUGGCACACCAGCCAGAUAACAUCAAAGCGCUUUUCCGCAUGGGCAAAGUGUUGGCCUUGCAAGGUGAAUACCCAGAAGCCAUUCAAACUUUGAAGAGGGCACUGAAGUUGGAACCAAGCAACAAGACUAUCCACACAGAGCUCUCCAAGCUGGUGAAGAAGCACUCAGAGCAGAGAGGAGCAGAGCAGGCCAUGUACAAGAAGAUGCUGGGUAAUCCCACUAGUAGCAGCAGCACACAGAAGCACCGGGCCAAGUCUUCAUGGGGUCUCAGCUGGAAGUGGUUGUUCGGUGCUACUGCAGUAGCCAUCGGUGGUGUAGCAUUAUCUGUUGUCAUAGCUGCUAGAAAUUGAACCAAUCCUGUAGUGAUGGCCUGACCGAGUCUCUGCAAUGUGAGAACCUAAACACAGAAGCACAUCUGGCAGUGCCUUCUGACCAUUGGUCAAUGGGGGUGGAAAUGUCAGUUGGUCAGUUGCCGCACUCUCCUUUCUCUGCUAUGUCUGAGAAGUAUUUGUGACAAAAAAAUUAAAUAUUAUCUGUGUAAAUGCAUUUCCAAUCUUAUAAAUGUGUAGAUUUAUGCUUUGCUGCCAUUGUUUUUGAUUUUGGAACUUGAUGUUGGAAAUAGAUUAUUUGAGCAUUGAAAAAUAAUUCACUCUUGCUUCAGACAGGAGCUAUUCAAAAAUAUUUUUCCCAUUAAAGAUAUGCGAUACGAUCCUGUGUUCUGCCAUAGAUUUAAAGCAUCAGAUUGUGCAGUUAAUUAAUGAUUAUAUUUGAGAGAGAAUGUGAUUUUACUUUGUUAUAGUAAUGUUUGAUGUCAACUGGUGCAGUGCAGAUGCUCUAUUAUUUGAGGCUCUAAAGAUAGCAAGAUGCUUCGUGUGUAUGCUAGCUCUCUCACCCUCUCUGAAGACUCCACUCAUACACUAACCAGAAAAAAACACCUGUAUAAUGCAAUGCAGUACAACAUUUCUGCUAGUUGUACUACCGUGCUUAAACUUUUCAGUUUCAAUUGACCCAGUUGUGAUGUAUAUUUAGGCUGAGGUUUGUGGUGAUGAUAUGUAGCCAGGUGUUUCAAAUUUCACCCAUCUCAUUAACAUACAGUGAUGAGCAAAAUUUCAAAAUAUCUCACAACAUCAUACAGUUAAAGUGGCAAAUGACAGCCUCUAAAAUUGCAAUUAUUACAUUUAAAAGAAGGGCAGAGAGUUGGUAGGAUUUCUCAGUGAUGUGACCGUAAAAUGCUGGAGGAAAGUGCAUUAUCCAGUUUCAGUCAGUUAUACCUCCAUUUUUGAUGAUUAAGACCAAAUGUUGAAGGAUGACCCCUUCAACUACACUUUUUCAUCUUUUGCUUGUGUAGUUUUAGGUGUUUGUUACAUUAUUUUUGUUCUUUGCUUUCUUACCUGUAAUAAACAUGACACCAGUGAAUCUGUGACUUCAGAGUACUUCUACAGAGCCAAACAAAGUGGUCAUUCAA